ACGAAGUCACACACAGCUCUACUCACCUGCGCUUGCGCAGGGGAGGAACACGCAGUCCGGAAAAACGCCGGGGAUUCUGGGUUGCGCAGCCGUGGAGCUACCUCAAGGCGGAACUCGGGCGUCCAGGGCUUCGGCAGCCUGAACACCCGGUGUGAAAGGAAGGUGGCAGCCGUGGAGCGAUGCGCAUGCGCAGCAGCUCACUCUGCUGAAGGGCUGAGAGGCGCACCGGGGCGGCCAGCUGGGGUCGGAGCGGAGCGGGGUCAGGAUGGACGAGGACGUGCUAACCACCCUGAAGAUCCUCAUCAUCGGCGAGAGUGGGGUGGGCAAGUCCAGCCUGCUCUUGAGGUUCACAGAUGAUACAUUUGAUCCAGAACUUGCAGCAACAAUAGGUGUUGACUUUAAGGUGAAAACAAUUUCAGUGGAUGGAAAUAAGGCUAAACUUGCAAUAUGGGAUACUGCUGGUCAAGAGAGGUUUAGAACAUUAACUCCCAGCUAUUAUAGAGGUGCACAGGGUGUUAUAUUAGUUUAUGAUGUCACAAGAAGAGACACAUUUGUUAAACUGGAUAAUUGGUUAAAUGAAUUGGAAACAUACUGUACAAGAAAUGACAUAGUAAACAUGCUAGUUGGAAAUAAAAUCGAUAAGGAAAAUCGUGAAGUUGAUAGAAAUGAAGGCCUGAAAUUUGCACGAAAGCAUUCCAUGUUAUUUAUAGAGGCAAGUGCAAAAACCUGUGAUGGUGUACAAUGUGCCUUUGAAGAACUUGUUGAAAAGAUCAUUCAGACCCCUGGACUGUGGGAAAGUGAGAACCAGAAUAAAGGAGUCAAACUGUCACACAGGGAAGAAGGCCAAGGAGGAGGAGCCUGUGGUGGUUAUUGUUCUGUGUUAUAAACUCUGGGAAAUUCCAUCUCUUGCAUAUUUGAUCAGAUAGUGACAUCUUUCUGUAUAUAAACUCUUUAACUGCUAUUUUAGGGACCUUGCAGUUUGCACAUAAUUGUUUUAUAUCAUAGCAGUAAAUAUUUGCAAGAAAUCCCACUCAUCGACCCUGGGUAAAAUGUUAUGGUAAGCAUGCACAGUUUGCAGUCUACAGUUUUUUUAUGUAGCACAAAAUAGGUGUACCUUUAUAAGUACAUUCAAUUUUAUGAUUUACAUUUAUCAUGUAAUUUUUAAAAAAAUCCAGCUAUCUAGUAUAUGUUGGUACAAAGUCUGCUUUUGCUAUUCUUUUUGCUUAAAUACUCCUAUCAUUUUCUGAAUUACUUGGUAUGUAGAACUCCUAGACCCACGGGGAAGAAUAGAGGUAUCAUCAAACGUGGCAAAUUUUCUUUCAGGAAUAAUAAAGAGCAUGAUUCCACAGCUUUUCUAGGAUGUUUGAGAUUCUUUUUUAGUACGAAGCAAAAUUCUCAUUACAGAAUGUAGCCCAGGCCAACUUAUAACUAAAUCUCUAUUUGUUCUGAUGAUGCUUCUAAAACAGCACUGAUAGGUUAAAGAAGCUUGGUACUUUUAAUUUACUUCAAUGAUUAGCUCAGUUGCUUAACUGGAGUUUUAAUCCUGUGAUAUGUACAUUGGAUUCAUGACUCUGUGCAGCAUUUUUAGUUAUGUGGUGUUUGGCAGAAUGACAAUAAGGUUUUCCCCCAUUUUGGUUUCAGGAGGAUAUGAAUAGUGUGUUUAUUGUGACUCCUCGUACUAACCACUUUUAAAACCAACAUCUUUUUUCAUAAAUGUUGGUAGUAUUUGUCCAGGUACCUCAAUUGUAGCUUGUGUAAUGUUGAUGAAUAACUGUAUCUUAUGGCUUCCAUAAUGGCUAGUUGACAUUCAAAAACCUAUUUCUGUGUUUUGAGGAGUGGGGAAGAAAAACACCAAAUGAAAAUUUGAGAAAGGCGUAUUACUUUCAGAUUCUGAUGUGUGAGGGAAAAUACUGUCACAAUGAAAAUCUUGACAGUUUACCUAACAAGUAACCAAUAGUUCAUCAAAACCAACUUGUACAGACUAAUAAAUCUUUUUCAUAGUAUUCAGUUUUCUCACCUCUUGCUAUUGUAUAUUGUAGAUUUUUUUCACUCAUGUGUUAUUUAAUUUACACUGAUCUCUGCUAUUUUAACCCCCCAUGUAAGUUAUUUGUCCUUUAAGGUUGGUUACUAUAAUACCCCUUAGUAAGAUUCCAGUAUUAAUUUCUGGGCAGUUUGUUCUCUGUAUACAAUUGCAAAUGAUAAGCAUUUUUGUGAGUGACCACCUUUGCAAUAUGUGUUAAUUUACUUCAUGUUGGGUUCUUUCUGAAAUGUACAUCUUUACACAUAAAAACCUCACGUUCUAUUUGAUUUACACUUCCUAGUCUACAUUACAUGUGGUUGAAGGUUUUAUACAUUCUAUAUGCUUUUACUAAAUAUACAAGAUUUACUACUAGAAAUUUGGAGAAAGAACACUAACACAGGUCCUUGUGAUUUGUUCAUGUUAUAUUAAAACUUGAGAUUUGUGUAUUUAUGUAGAGUCUGUAUUGACAAGACUGUUGUUUUUUGCUCCUUGAGCUAUAUAAUCAUCUGUGUAUUGGAUUGUUGUCUUGAUUUGGUCUAAAUUUGAGUAUAUACAAGUUACUUGAAUAUAACAAAAAUGAAUUUUGUUUGAUAGAUUUAUAUUGUAACCUUUUUCUAGUUCUUGAAUAAAUAUAGCCUGCCUUCCCUAGAUGCAUUUGUGCAGGAAGUAUGUACAUUUCCCUAUUACUCUCAUCAGCUGAGGAAUAUGUACUAUGGUGUUACUGAAAUUAUAUUAUGUGGCUUUCAUUUUAUUAUUUUGUUGCAAGCUUAGUGUUUUGUAGUGGAGGUUUUGUAAGUGAAACAGUUGUAAUAUCUAAAGUCAGGCACCUAGUAGCAGGGUUUUGUUAAUUCUUUUCAGAAUCAUUGCAGCAGUCUUAAAGGGUCUUUUGCAGAUGGUACAAAUUAGAACAAUUAGAAUGUAGUAUUUUGAGUUCUAGGAGUACUGAGAUUGACCCAAACAAAUAAAGAACUAUUCAAUUUCUGA